AUGGCAGGAGAAACCACUUCAGCUUCUUCUUUACCACUUGAUGGCAGGGUAGCAAUAGUAACAGGAGCUUCGCGUGGAAUCGGUCGUGCAAUCGCAGUUCACCUCCACUCCCUGGGUGCCAAGCUUGUCAUCAAUUAUGCUUCCAACUCAAAUCUGGCUGAUAUAUUAGCGUCUGAGCUCAAUUCUAAGGUCAAUUGUUCUUCUCCGGUAGCAGUUGCAGUUAAAGCCGACGUAUCAAAACCGGAAGAAAUUGAAGCACUGUUUGAUCAAGCGGAAAAGGAAUUUGGAUGUCAGGCCCAUAUCCUUGUAAACUGUGCUGGGGUGUUGGAUCCAAAGUACCCUACACUGGCCAAUACAACGGUUGAAGACUUCGACUCAGUGAUUAAUGUCAAUACAAAGGGAGCUUUUCUGUGUUGUCGGGAGGCAGCUAACCGAUUGACGCGUGAAGGCGGUGGAAGGAUAAUUACGAUCUCAACAUCAAUAGUCGGAGCAUCACUUCCUGGUUACUCAGCUUAUGCGGCUUCUAAGGCUGCCGUAGAGACUAUGACAAAGAUUAUGGCGAAGGAGUUGAAAGGUAGUGGUAUAACUGCAAAUUGUGUUGCACCUGGGCCGGUGGCAACCGAGCUUUUCUUCGCCGGUAAGACUGAAGAAACUAUUAAGAGACUUGUGGAUUCUUGUCCUCUUGGUCGAUUAGGUGAGCCGAAUGAUAUAGCUCAACUUGUUGGGUUUUUGGUCACUGAUGCCGGAGAGUGGGUCAACGGCCAAGUCAUUCGUGCUAAUGGUGGAUUUGUGGUUUGA